UUUGUGUGUCCCAAUUGGGUUUGUAUAUACAAGGUUUGUUAGAUUGGAUGGUAUUCCAAGUUGUUUUUAGAUUCUCAAAGCUUUCGAUGGGAUACUUUUUGGGUUGUUGAUUUGUUUUUUGUGGUUUCAAGGGUUCUUAUUUGGAUAAAGAAGGAAAAUAGGGUAAUGUGGAACAAAGUUGUUGGAAAACAAUGCAACCUUACUCUUUUCUUACCUCAACAUUCUCCUUGUUGGACUUUACCUCCUUUUCCUUUUGGCCACUCUCCUUCCAAGUUUUGGUUCGCCAGUGCAAGUGAAAGGAAUCGUCGCAGACUUCGUAAAGUUUCUGUAAAAGGUGAUGGGCGUUGUUUAUUUCGUGCUAUUGCAAAAUGUCUAGCUCAUAAUGAAGGUCGUGCAUUACCUGAACGUCUGGAAGUGGCUGAUGCCGACGCUUUGAGAAAAGAGGCACAUAAAAUCAUCUGUAUAGAACAGCGAGAGAAAUUCGAGAAAAGCAUGAUCAUUGAAGGAAAUCUCCGUCGAUAUUGUCAAGAGUUGUUGAAGCCUAGUUUUUAUGGUGGGGAACCUGAAAUAUGGGUGUUGAGUGAAGUAUUUCAAGUUCCCAUUCAAGUGUAUUUACAAACGGAGAAUGGAGAGUAUAAGAAAAUAGUAGAAUAUGGAAAAUCGUUUUGGAACAAAAAGGAGGGAGGAGGAGUGUUACCUAUUCGUUUAUUGUACAAUGGCGUCAAUCAUUAUGACGCUUUAUUGGAUUAUUAAAUGCAUCCAUACAUGACACAAGGCAACUCUUUCUCGCUGUUUUUUGUGACACAGAGGAAUCCGCUAGCGUUGUUCGUUGUCUCACCGUGGCAAGGAAAAAAUGCUGGUCGAACUAAACCUCUAUCC